UGGUCUCUUAUUUUUUCAGAGAGCUGCAUAUAAUGUGCUGACUGUGUUGAUUAAAAUGAUGGAAGACGUAGAUUUUGUAAGAAAUGUAUCUGGGCUUCAAUUUACACUUUGUAAAUCAUUACUAGACAAUUAUAAACAAGUUAUACCACAGUUUUCUUCUUAUUAAUGAGUUACUACCAGUUAUAAGUGGCAAAGGGAGCCUUAUUGUAAAGUGGGACCACUAAAAAAGUAAAAUAUGUCCAAAAUGGAGAAUGUUGUUUGUUUCUUGGUGGCUUUGUUUUUCAGAUAGGUAGAAAAGUAGCAAGACAAUUGUAUCAACCGCUCAUCCUCAAUAGUGUGUCUCUGUGGGAAGUGAGACCUCGUUCGUCAUUAAUCAUGUGUUUUUCUGAGAAUGAUACAAGCCUUAAAGCUUCAGUGGUCGCCGCUCUUUGUUCUUGAUGUAUAGCUCAGAACAUUAGUUUAGUCAUGAACUGCGGUUUUUGGCAAAAAUAACAUGAUCAUGAGUGCAAGUGGCCAUGAUAAGGUUCUUCUGCUGGGUUCCUGGGUUCCUUCUCUGUUAAAGGAGGAGGAGUUCAGAGAUCCAGGUCACGAGGGGUCAGCUGAGGUGAUCUGGGCAACAGAUCCAUAUGGUCAGCUCCCGUGCAAACGGGUUUCAGACACAUUGCAAUGGGCAGAGAUCCUGGGGCAGAAUCAACAAAUGCUGGAGUAUUUCUCAUAUUUACCAAACAAAUGCUUCAACCGAUUUCGGUUCAAAAGUUCAAAGACAUGCAUAUGGUGUGUGACUUUUUGUUUACUUAUGUGUGUCCUGCAGUGUACUGGCAUCCAACUCAGUUAUACCCCAGACUUACGGCCUGUGCUAUCUGGAGUAGACACCAGGCAUUGAGCAGGGUAAGCACUACGCAGUUAAAAGAUGGAUGGGUUUAAUGGAUCAGGUUUUUUGACGUUUAUUGCCACUAGAUGGAGAGGAACUCCAUCCAAAUACAGGGGAACAGCUUAGCACCAAUUCAAUGCAAUACAUUGAAUUGACACUAGGAGUCACCGUUUAGCAUACAAUCAACAACAAUGACAUUGUGGAGUAAAGUUGAAAUUGAGUAUUAAAGGGCAGCGAGAGGCCAGAAGCUUAAGAGAUACCAGACUCACGUGUCUAUGUCAUGCCUAUCAUAAAAAAAUGCAGCAGUUUGAGCAACGCUAAUUAAAAAUUCACAUUUAAGGUGAAUUUUAGCUGGAGUUUAAAUGUUCAGAAUGGGCCGGAUUAAGAACACAUGCUUUCAGGAGUUUCUAAAUUAAUUACCAGGUGAAAGGAUAUAAACAGGGACAGUAUUGAUAUUAUUGCAAUGCAUGUAAUUCAACAGCAAUCUUAUCAAUGUAAGCUCAGGGUUCAUUUGCUUGUGGAAACACGUAGGUUUUAGAUUUCAGUCUGUUCAUGGGCGAGAUGCAUUACUGUGCACCACUAGUGCAGGUUUUUAAGUUACAUUGGUGUGGUAUAUUGAAAAAGGUACACUGCUAACACGUGAACUUUAUUACUUACUAGUUUUGUAGUUUGUACUAAAUAUCCCUGAAAACAAGCGCUUUAUUGGAACUUGCCUUAAAGGUAUACAUGUUCAAAGUUACACGCAGGUCUUACAUAUUUAUGCUGUGUCUAGGAAUGGAGACAAACAUUAGCUGAAACCAAAAAAACAUUUUUCACAAAUAUUUCAGAGCGGUAUCACAAUUUACAAAGAGAAGGAACCAAAUUACAAGCACCAGGACUAAUUCAGGUCUAAUAAAGCUGAAAUUACUGAGGUCACCGAGCAGAUACAUUUUGUGGUGUUGUCUUAAGUCAUGUAUUUAAACAGUGCUGCUAUAAUGCCACUGGGUGAGGAAGAACGCCCUGAACAUGGCCACAGAAAUUGACUUUAAAGGCAGAGUAACGUUAGCAGUAGACAGAGGCAGACUGACUUUAAAGGCAGAGUAACGUUAGCAGUGGACAGAGGCAGACAACAGAGAUGACAAAGAAAGGGACGACUAAGGAUAACUGAGAAGAGGAACGAGUCUAAACACAAUGAAGGGCUUGUUUAUUGGCACCUUGGUUAUACAGUAAUCCCCGGACUCACCUAAUUGAUGGGGGGGGGGGGAGUCACUUGACAGUGUUCAUGACAUUAUGGAAUGAGAGAGGAGGAGGAAGAGAACGAGGGAUUGACGGUGAGGAGGAAAGGCAAGUGGAUGAGAAGUAAAGUAACUUUCAGAACACAGGCGACAUAAUGAAAGUGGGGGAGAACAACAGUAGCAUUUUUUUAUUUUAAUGAGAAGAGGACUCUGGAGAUCACUUUGGAGACUUUAUACUGGGCACAAGGCUCAAACUCCGAUGGCCUGAGCAAGCUUGACAGGAAGGCAAGAGCAGAGCAUCGUGAUGGUGCCGUCGAUCGCGGAUCCUGAAAGGCAGAGACCGCUUCAGACUGUGGACGGGGAUGCAGUGGCCCGCCGAGCGCCGAAUUCCCGCAGAACACUGUCUCACUCCAUCGAGGAAAUCUUACGGAAACCAUGUUUGGCCAGGCAGCCUGGCAGGAACACUCCUACUCUGUGUGUAGGAGUGCAAAUCGUACAAGAAACUCAGCGGCCAGCUGCCCAGUCAGAGAGGCGGCCGGAGAGAGGCACUGCGCCGUGUGAGAUCCGAGUCACAGGGAGCGCCCCACCUGACCUGGCAACAAGUCAGACACUCACCCAUACAGGCCCCCCAGGAGACAAAGCAGAGAGCUGGGGACCUGCAAAGGGGAACAGGCAGGGGGGCAUGCCCCCCCAGGCUCCAGCAGCGGGACGGAAGGGCGGCCGGCGGGCAAGAACCACCUUCACUCCAGACCAGCUGCAGGAGCUCGAGAACGUCUUCAGAAACACACACUACCCAGAUGCCAUGACCCGAGACCUACUGGCCACACGUACACAGCUCUCUGAGGGCCGUGUUCAGAUCUGGUUCCAGAACCGCAGAGCAAGAUGGCGGAGGAGUGAGGCCAAGGACAACCCAGGUGAUGAAGACCUUGCAGGGGAAGACCCAGUGUCUGAACCCACAACUUCCUGUAGACAAAACAGGUGCUUCUGUCUGCCUUCUUCUUGUGAUCUUCUACCUUGGUCCACUCCCUUCAUCCACAAGACUGCCAUCAUGGACUUACCCGCACCCCCUGGACACUUCUCCCACUCUUCCUCUAAGCUCCGCCCACCUACCAUAAUAUAUCCACUCCCCCUGGCCCUCGCACACACCUCGAUUAGCCCCCCUGCGACCUACCCAUGGGGAUGCUUCGAUGUGAUUGACUCCCACUGGGGCACAAUGCGAGGCGUGAACUAUUGAUCUGAUCAUCGUCCACAUGCAUUGCAACACAAAGUUUCCAUGUUGAUGAUGCUGUAUCAUUAUGAGUAGCGAUUUCCAUCUAUGUGUAGAUUGUACUGCAUCGCUACAUGCCAGUGUUUGUCUUUGGUUAGUUGUGUUUAAAUGUCUUAAUGAGGCAGUAAUAUUAAAAUAAGAAUUGGUGUGUUUAUCCAGGUAAAUUACAUGGUUGUUUUUGUAAAUAAAUAUGAAUUUCUAACCUUUGUGCAUAUAAGUU